AUGGGCCGCAAGAAGAUCAAGAUCCAGCGCAUCGCCGAGGACCGCAACCGCUCGGUCACGUACCUCAAGCGCAAGGCCGGCCUCAUGAAGAAGGCCCACGAGCUCGCCGUGCUCACCGACAGCGACGUCGCCGUCAUUGUGUUCGCCAAGAACGGCAAGCUGGCCGAA